AUGACGAGAUGUAAGCUGGACAUAGCCUUUAUUGUUGACUCCUCCAGCAGUAUUUGGAUUAAAGACUUCGAACGCCAAACAUCCUUCAUCCACGAUGUUGUCGACUCUUUCGCGUCUGUGCCAGAAGACGUCCAGAUCGCGGCGGUGUCCUUUAGUAAUCACGUUUUUGACGAAUUCAAAUUUAAUGCCUUCAGCGACCGUGACGCCAUUCUCGAUGCUGUGAACAACAUCCGGUACAGCAAAGGUGACGCCACCAGGACAUACCUGGCCAUAAAUCGCAUGCGCACUGACCUGUUUGCCCCUGGCAAUGGAGCCAGAGAUGAUGCCGUACAUGUAGCCGUUGUUCUGACUGAUGGAGGUACCAAUCCGGGAUCAUACGACCAGUACUCGAGAAAUGAGGGCAAAGCAAAGACUCAAGAAGAGGCUGAGCUGGCAAAACAAGCUGGAAUCUACAUGUUCGCUAUAGGGAUAGGAGAUGGAGUGGAUGAAGCAGAACUCAGAGGCAUCGCGUCGGAACCAGACGACAAGUUCUUCUUCGUCGUGGACAAUUAUGACAAAUUGGAUACCGCACAUAUUAAGAGUCUUUUGGCCUGUCGUGCUUGUAGAGCACCGACGUUUGAGUUCACAACAACCAACGCACGCAGAGCAGCGGAUUCUCGGUACAGUCGCCAGGUCUCUGCUGAAAGUGCAAGAGAAGUCUGCCACGGAGAUCCAGUUGAUAUUAUUUUCAUCCUUGACGAGAGCACCAGUAUCCGAUCCCAAGACAAUUUUAAGAAAGAACUUGAUUUUGUUCGAGAUGUGUCCGAUAUGUUUGAUAUUGGACUGGAUAUGACGCAUGUUAGUGUAAUCACAUACAGUGACGAAAGCCAGAUGCGCUUCACCCUGAGUAAGUACACGGAUAAAUCGAGCCUUGAGAACGCCAUAGAGAACAUCGACUGGUCCACCGGAAACACGUAUACGAACAAAGCUCUGGACCUCCUUUUGUCGAAGAGUCUGUCCGAGGUCCGCGAGGGAAUUUCCCACAUAGGAAUUGUCAUUACGGACGGAAAGUCUACCGACUCUGACAGCACAAAACAGUCUGCACAGAACGUUCUAGCUACCGGAAACAUUGAGAUGUUCGCUGUUGGAAUCGGAGAUGCGUACAAACCCGAGUUGGAUAUCAUGGCGUCUAAGCCGUCCGAGGAUUAUGUAUACCAGAUCGAUAAUCUGGAUGCCCUGGACUCCCUUAAGAACAAAUUUGCCUUCCGUAUUUGUAAAGAGCAACCUGGGUGCAGUUUGGCUGAAGGAUGCAACCAGUACAAAGCUGAUAUUGUGGUCAUUUCGGACGCCUCUACAAGCAUCGGCGAUGAAAGCUUUGCAAAGCAGAAGGGUUUCAUCGCUAGCAUUGUGGAGAAAUACAACAUAGGUCCAGAUGGUGUUCAGAUCGGCAUGAUUUCCUACUCCGACGACGCUCAUACCGACUUCACUCUAAAUAGAUACUCCUCAGAGGCUGAAACAUUAUCCGCCAUUGACAAGGUAAAAUAUCUGACAGGGGUGACGUACACUGACAAGGCGAUUGAAAUGAUGACAGAACAAGCAUUUACAUCCGGGGCGGGAGCACGUGCUGGUGUACCCAAGGUUGGCAUCGUAAUUACAGAUGGCGUAUCACGUGAUCAAGUUAGGACACAAGAAAUGGCGAGAAACGCAAAGGCUCAAGGCAUCACUCUGUUUGCCAUUGGUGUUGGCAGUAGCAUUGAUUUAGACGAGCUCCAAGGAAUAGCUUCUGAUCCAGCCCCCUACUUCACGUUCAUGGUGGACGACUUUGCCUCCUUAGUAGACCACGAGGACAUCCUUAUAAAAAAGACAUGCGCAGGCCAAGCACCCGCACCAUCAGCCAAGAGGGAACUACAAACGGAAAUCGAGGAUUUGAGAUCUCUAUUCCAAAUGCUGGAAGCUAAAGCAAAGCGUUGAUAUGUUAUAUAGUUGGAAUUUAAAAAGUACCUCACCCAGAAUUCGCUUAAGGAACGAAGCAUGCUUUUAAUAAAAGAAACAUAUUUCAAAGUGUUCAAGCUGUAUUGUGAUGUAGGGCAUCUUAGUAGUAUUAUAUAGUUAGUACUUACUAUUUACCUACACUGUAUCACCAAUACGUGGACCCAAUAGACUUUACAGAGACUACAUUAUAUAUAUAUAUAUAUAUCUAACACAGAGGGAUGACGGUCACCAGUACAGCUGGUAUACAACCGUUGACAAGUGUGCUUGUUAAAUUGUAAGCAUGUCUGAUACCCUACAAAAUUGAAUAAAUACACUGCAUUUAA